AUGUCGAAAAUCCGUCGCGUAUUGCCCGGAUUACCGUACCGACGCUGCUACUCGACGAACACGCGCUUCGUCCAUGCACAAUGCCUCAACGAUGAUAUCAGCGGCUUCAAUGCGAACGAACCUGUGAUAUUCAACAAGUACUUCAGCAGUCUGCCUGCUAUCACGAAUUGGUUUACACCUUCUGCCAGUGACGCAAGCUUACAUGAUCUUGAUCUCUCAUAUCUUGAGCAAUACAGCGCUUCCAAGGUUCCUCUCGAACUCACACGCUCGCCGCCAGCUGAACCUACGACUUUCGAACGCUUCGAAGCCCCCCUCUCGCUCCUGCUUGCCCACAUGUCCGGUCCUCCAACACCAGAUCUCCGCAUGUACCUUGCACAACACUCCCUCGCCGACCUACCAGUCCCUCUCCAAGCCGACCUCCCUACGCCCACGCUCGUCGCCAAGCUCGGACGUGGUGACAUCUAUGCUUCGAGUCUGUGGAUGGGAAGACCGCCAACACGUACACCUUUACAUCGCGACCCGAACCCAAACCUAUUCGUACAAAUAGCUGGGCAGAAGGUUGUGAGGUUGAUGAAACCAAGUGUUGGACGAGAGGCGUACGAGAGGGCACGGCUGAAGGCUGGUGGAGGCGGUAGAGCCAACAUGAGAGGUGAAGAGAUGAUGGUUGGAGAUGAGAUGCAGGCACUCGAAGAAGCUGUCUGGGACAGUAAAGACGAAGCUGUAGAGGGCCUUGAGGCUCAGCUAUCGGCUGGAGAUGGACUGUACAUUCCGUUAGGCUGGUGGCAUGCAGUACGAGGGACUGGCAUGGGCGCAAAUGCUUCAGCUAAUUGGUGGUUUCGCUAA